AUGUCUCUAACAUCGAUUUCACGUGCUAUAAUAUUAGAACCUUUUAAUAACCAAAGCAACACUGUUGAGUUUGUUAUUUGGGGGUUUUCAAGUUCUCCACAAUUACAGCUUCUACUAUUCAUUGCUUUCCUAUUAAUUUAUCUUCUUACUAUUUUUGGCAACUUUACUAUCAUUACUUUGAUUUUUGCAGACUCUCGAUUGCAAAAGCCAAUGUACUGUUUUCUCUUUAAUAUGUCUUUUUUAGACUUUUCCUACAGCACCGUCACUGCCCCUUAUUUGUUAUACAGAUUUGUCACAGGUAAUAAAAAACUUUCUUUCAUGAAAUGUAUGGUUCAGCUUUACUUCUUUAACUCUUUUGCUAGUACUGAAUACCUUCUGCUUACUACUAUGGCUUAUGACCGAUACGUAGCUAUUUGUGAUCCCCUUUUCUAUCCACAAACUAUGAACAGAAGAACUUGUUUUUGUUUAGCAGGUUCUGCCUGGUCAGCAGGAUUUUUAGCUGCUGUACCUGUAACUGCUCUAACAUCAAAACUUAGUUUUUGUAUGUCUACUGUGAUUAACCAUUACUUUUGUGAUGUCGCUUCCUUACUGAAACUAGCAUGUGAUGACACCCUACCUGUAGAAAUCACAAUGUUCUCUCAAGGGGUUGUAUUGUUGUUCAGUUGUUUCCUACUUACUGUGAUGUCCUACGUCUACAUCAUCUCUGCCAUCCUCAAGAUUAGGUCUACAGAAGGAAGACUCAAAGCCUUCUCCACUUGUGGAUCUCAUCUCACUGUUGUUAUUCUCUUCUACCUCCUGGUUGUUUGUGUGUAUAUGAAGCCGUCCUCCACAUAUUCACUGGAUGAAGAGAAAUUUCUGUCUGUCUUUUAUGUAAAUAUUAUUCCUAUGUUAAAUCCAUUUAUAUACAGCCUUAGGAACAAAGAUGUCAAAGAUGCAUUUAAAAAUAUGUAUGAGAAAACACUGCAAAAUAAAAAUCGUAAAAUAUAA